AUGGAAGCUCUGCUUCACCAGUCCAAGGGCGUCUGCCCCUUCUUGAAGAAAACUUCUCCUGCGACUCUGCGCUCUUUGUCCACCUCGACCCGCCAAUCCCCAGGUGGCGGCACCAUCACGAACCUGCAGUUCAUUGCCCGACGAUGCCCUGUCAUGAACAAGGCUCUGGCCGUCCAGAGUGCUCGCAUCAACACUCGUCGCAGCUAUGGCAAUGUUGCUGCCGGUGCUGGAGUUGUUAAAUCUCUGCUCGAGAAAAAGCUGCACACCUCAGCUGAAAAGAAGGCUAGCGUGGACACCAAUCUGUUCCGCCCUCCUCAGCCAGCUCCGCCUCCCCAGACGGUCAAGAAUGUCGUCAAGAAACCUGACACCUACGCCGGCCCUAGGCCCAAUGCGCCACCUGCCCCACGUUUCGACUACGAGCGCUUCUACAACAAUGAGCUCGAAAAGAAGCACAAGGACAAGUCGUACCGCUACUUCAACAACAUCAAUCGCCUGGCCAAGGAGUUUCCUCGUGCCCACAUGGCUGCAACAGACGAGAAGGUCACGGUGUGGUGUUCCAAUGACUACUUGGGCAUGGGUCGCAACAAGCAUGUCCUGAAGACUAUGCACGAAACGCUCGACAUGUACGGAGCGGGUGCCGGAGGAACUAGAAACAUCUCCGGCCACAACAAGCACGCCGUGGAACUCGAAAAGACACUCGCCGAUCUGCACGGCAAGGACGGCGCCCUGGUCUUCUCUUCCUGCUAUGUCGCCAAUGAUGCUACCUUGGCGACCUUGGGCAGCAAAUUGCCCGACUGUGUUAUUCUGAGUGACAGCAUGAACCACGCAUCCAUGAUUCAAGGGAUUCGUCACUCUGGUGCAAAGAAAAUGGUCUUCAAGCAUAACGACCUGGCCGAUCUGGAGGCGAAACUCGCCAGUUUGCCCCCGGAGCAACCCAAAAUCAUUGCUUUUGAGUCUGUCUAUAGCAUGUGUGGUUCCAUCGCUCCCAUCGAAGCUAUCUGCGACCUUGCGGACAAAUAUGGUGCUAUCACAUUCCUCGAUGAAGUCCAUGCCGUCGGAAUGUACGGGCCGCGAGGCGCGGGUGUCGCCGAGCACCUUGAUUACGACGUCUACGCCAACCCAAACAGAACCAAGGAAUCCCAGAAAGGUACUGUCAUGGAUCGGAUCGACAUCAUCACAGGGACCCUAGGUAAAGCAUACGGCUGUGUGGGUGGCUACAUCGCUGGCUCUGCCUCCUUGGUUGAUACUAUCCGGUCUCUUGCGCCAGGAUUCAUCUUCACCACGUCGCUUCCACCUGCGACCAUGGCCGGCGCCCGUGCCGCUAUUGAAUACCAAGCUGUCUAUCAAGGAGAUCGUCGCCUGCAGCAACUUCACACCCGUGCUCUUAAGGAUGAUCUCACCGCGAGAGGCAUUCCCGUCAUCCCAAAUCCAUCGCACAUUGUCCCGCUCCUGGUCGGUGACGCCGAAACUGCGAAGAAAGCCUCCGACAUGCUUCUCAACGACUACGACAUUUACGUCCAGUCCAUCAACUACCCGACUGUUCCUCGCGGUGAAGAGAGACUCCGCAUCACGCCCACGCCAGGUCAUACUCCCGAAUUGCGUGCCGAGCUCAUCGACGCGCUAGAGAACGUCUGGACCCGCUUGAACAUCAAGCGCGUCAAGGACUGGGAGGCCCAGGGCGGUUUUGUGGGUGUGGGUGUCAAGGAUGCCGAACCAGUGCAGUCCUUGUGGACUGAUGCGCAGCUUGAGCAUGCCGCACAGUCCCCGGUUGCCGAGGCCUUGAUCAAGGAGGCCGCCGAGGAAAGGGUUCUACCUAUUGCGGCAGCUGCGGCUUGA